AUGUCAGAAUUUGAUAAGUACAGUACACCUUUAUCAUCUCGUUACGCCAGUGAUGAGAUGUCUGCUAUCUUUUCUCAAAGAAACAGAUUUUCUACUUGGAGAAAAUUAUGGUUAAAUCUAGCUAUUGCUGAAAAAGAAUUAGGUUUAGAUGUAAUUACUGAUGAAGCCAUUCAACAAAUGAAAGCACAUUUAAGUAUUACAGAUGAAGAAUUGGAAAAAGCCAAAAUUCAAGAAUCUAUAGUUAGGCAUGAUGUCAUGGCUCAUGUCCACACUUUUGGUGAAACAUGCCCAGCUGCAGCUGGUAUCAUUCAUUUAGGUGCUACAUCUUGUUUUGUUACUGAUAAUGCCGAUUUAAUCUUCUUAAGAGACGCCUAUGAUUUGGUCAUUCCAAAACUGGUUAAUGUUAUUAACAGAUUGGCUAACUUUGCAUUGGAAUAUAAAGAUUUGCCUGUCUUAGGUUGGACUCAUUUCCAGCCAGCUCAAUUAACAACUUUGGGUAAAAGAGCUACUUUAUGGAUCCAAGAAUUAUUAUGGGAUUUAAGAAAUUUUGAAAGAGCUAGAAAUGAUAUUGGCUUAAGAGGUGUUAAGGGUACUACAGGUACACAGGCAUCAUUUUUAGCAUUAUUCCACGGUAAUCAUGAUAAGGUAGAAGAAUUAGAUGAAAGAGUGGUAGAAUUAUUAGGGUUUGAUACUGUCUAUCCUGUCACCGGUCAAACUUACUCUAGAAAAAUUGAUAUUGAUGUAGUAUCUCCAUUAGUUUCAUUCGCAGCAACUGCUCACAAAAUGGCUACUGAUAUUAGAUUAUUAGCUAACUUAAAGGAAGUGGAAGAACCUUUUGAAAAAUCACAAAUUGGCUCUUCAGCUAUGGCAUAUAAAAGAAAUCCAAUGCGUUGUGAACGUGUCUGUUCGUUGGCCAGACAUUUGGGCUCCUUGCUUAGCGACACUGUUCAAACUGCUUCAGUUCAAUGGUUCGAAAGAACAUUGGAUGAUUCUGCUAUUAGAAGAAUCUCAUUGCCAAGUGCUUUCCUAACAACCGAUAUCUUACUUACAACUUUAUUGAAUAUAUCUUCUGGAUUGGUUGUCUAUCCAAAAGUUAUUGCUAGAAGAAUUCAAAGUGAAUUGCCAUUUAUGGCCACAGAGAACAUUAUUAUGGCUAUGGUAGAAAAAGGUGCCUCACGUCAAGAUGUUCAUGAAAAUAUUAGAGUGCUAUCUCAUCAAGCUGCUGCAGUUGUAAAAGAAGAAGGUGGUGAUAAUGAUCUAAUUAAGCGUAUUAAGGCAGAUCCAUUCUUUAAGCCAAUUUGGGAAGAUUUAGAUGCUUUACUAGAACCUUCAACUUUUGUUGGUAGAGCACCACAACAAGUCGAAAAAUUUGUAAACAGAGAUGUUAAGAAGGCCUUAGCUCCCUUCCAAAAUAUGAUUAAUGAUAAGAAGAUUAACUUAAGUGUUUAG